CACGUCAGUCCAUAGUGACAAGUCAUUCAUAAAAUUUGUUCGUCUCUCAUAUUACUUUUAUAUUAAAAGUUUGUUUUGUGAUGCAAAUCAUUCAUUCCAUUCAAUUGUGUUAAAUGAAUAUUGUUUAAUAAAUCGAGCCAAAAAAUAUGGUUUACAUAGAUCGAGAUGGACGUGUAUUGGAACGACGCCCUUGGAGCGUGUCUCGCGUUUUAGAGAUCUUCACAGGCCUGUGGUUCGUGAUGAUUACUUUUUUCAGAGGACUUUUGGCGCCUUUCAUGAAAGACAACAAUAGGAGCAGUGCAGGCAAUAGCCGAAGGAGCGGUUGGGGUGGCGGAAGCGGUGGGGGUGGGGGUGGAGGCGGAGGCGGAGGCGGAGGCGGUGGUGGCGGUGGGGGAGGUGGUAGUGGAGGUGGCGGUGGUGGAUUCGGCCCAAACCGUCGCAUUGGCCGCAUCAAUAACACUUCAAUGGAUAUGCCUUGUGGAAGCUGCUGUGGAUGAAAAGUUUUGGUAUAACGUUUCAAAUACUGCCAACCCUAAACCAGUACUGAAAUCUCUAAUAUGAAAUUUUAUAGAUAUGUUGUUUUUUACAAUUACUUGUGUAAAAAUAAUAAUUUACAGCCGGUUUCACCAGAAAUUUAAAUAGAAAAUGAUUUUUAAUUUUCUGUAACCUUCCACAUAAAAUUCAAAAAAUUAAAGACAUUUUUCACUUAAAUUGCGUUCGUGAAAUUGGCUGUUAAUGUAGUUUUUCUUAAAAAAACAUACCUAGCCCUAACCGCAAAAAAAAUGUAAGCGUAAGGGCUCGAUACAUUUCGAUUUAAUGUAUUUACAUGCAUACAUGUUAAAUAGCGUAAGCAAAAUUUAAUAAAUCACAGCUCGAAAGAACUGCAUAAAAAUGUU